AUGGACUGUGAUAGUAAUAAUAGCGAUAAUAGAUCUUCAUUUGGUUGUCGAUACCUUACAGUCGAUAGUGAUGUUUAUGAACAUAAUGCAUGGGAUAUUAUUCAGUGGACAGAAGAGCAGGAGAAUUUGGCGAAAGAAAGAAUACUUCUAAACAGUACCGAACGGCUGCCAGAAGAUUCCCAGGAAAAGACAGAAAUUUUGGCACAGGAGUAUUGGGAUAAAUUUUACUCCCAUCAUAAAGAUAAGUUUUUUAAAGAUAGGAAAUGGAUGGAAAAAGAGUUCAGUGAAUUAUUUUGUUCAACGUCAUCUAGUAUGCAUAUAAUGGAAGUCGGUUGUGGUGUGGGAAACACAAUACUUCCUAUUUUACGCCUUGUCAAGAAUCCAGAUUUGUUCAUUUAUGCUUCUGACUUCUCUGCACAGGCUUUAUCUAUACUUACUCAUUCGGAUGGAUAUGAUUCCAGUCGCUGCGUCGCUUUUACAUAUGAUAUUACAAAGACAACCGAGGAAAUACCUUGUCCCAGAAACAGCUUAGAUUAUCUAAUCUUAGUAUUUGUAUUGUCAGCAGUUAAUCCUGAAUUAUUUCCGUCGGUUAUAAGAAAUCUUGUAACAUAUUUGAAACCUGGUGGUGUAUUACUUUUUCGAGAUUAUGGACGAUAUGAUUUGGCUCAGCUACGAUUUAAGAAUGGUCAGUGUUUAAAGGAUAAUUUCUAUAUGCGACUAGAUGGCACACGGUUUAUUUUUUCACGCAAGAAGAGCUACAUGAAUUGUUUAUCAAUGCUGGUCUGGAGAAAAUUCAAAAUAAAGUUGAUCGCAGGUUGA